AUGCAAGACCUCAGUUUGGUCAACCUAACACCUUCAUCUGUCCCUGUCCUUGUAUUAGGGUCAACCUGGUAUAUAAUUCAGCUUUUUUCCUCAUUUUAUUUUAUUUCAUCUUGUGAUUUAUAUAUACUCUGUGUCCUUCCUUAUGCAUACGCCCCAAAACACCCACCAAGCUUUCACCAUUAGAAUUUAGAAGUGUUAACCAUGGAAGAAGAUACCUUUUUCCCUCCUGAUACAGAUCUCGACCUCAGCUUCACCAGCACCACCUCCGCCACCACCGAUCGCACUUUUGCUUCCUCUAGUGCUCGCACAAGCUUGGCUCGCAGCAGCUUGACUCUCAGCUUUAACGAACGUCUAUCCACCGCCUCCGCCUCCGCCGGAACUUCCUCUUCUACACUCUUCCUCCGACCGCAUCGAGCCUCCGAUCCUCAUUGGUCAGCCAUCAAAGCUGCUACCACUCUCUCGUCAGACGGUACCCUCCACCUCCACCACCUCAAGCUCCUCCGCCACCUCGGCACAGGGAAUCUCGGGCGAGUAUUCCUCUGCCGUCUCCGCGACUACGAUCACGCAAACUUUGCCCUCAAGGUUGUCGAUAAGGACUUGCUAAGUAGCAAGAAGCUCUCCCAUGUGCAAAUGGAGGGGGAGAUCCUGUCCAUGCUGGACCAUCCUUUUCUUCCUACGCUCUACGCAAGAUUGGAAGUCUCGCAUUACACGUGUCUGUUGAUCGAUUACUGCCCCGGCGGCGACCUGCACUCUCUCCUCCGAAAACAGCCUGGGAACCGGCUGCCGGUUCAGGCGGUUAGGUUCUUCGCGGCGGAGGUUUUGGUAGCGUUGGAAUAUUUGCAUGCGCUUGGCAUAGUAUAUAGGGAUCUGAAACCAGAGAACGUUCUAUUACGUGAAGACGGCCACGUCAUGCUGUCCGAUUUUGAUUUGUGCUUCAAGGCCGACGUGGUCCCCACAUUCGAGUGUCGUGCAGGGCCCACUAAGAGAAAGAAGCUCGUGUGCAACUGUUUAGGUGGUGUCAGAGCGAGAUCGCCGGAGAGAGUGGUGGAAGCAGAUUUCGUAGCGGAGCCAAAGGCAGCUUUCUCGAGGUCCUGUGUUGGGACGCACGAGUACUUGGCACCGGAGUUAGUCUCCGGCAAGGGCCACGGCAACGGCGUGGACUGGUGGGCGUUUGGGGUAUUCAUUUGUGAGUUGUUGUACGGAACGACGCCGUUUAAAGGGCUGAGCAAAGAGAGCACCCUGCGCAAUAUUGCAUCGAGUAGAAACGUGAGCUUCCACGUGGCAGAAGUAGAGGAAGAAGGAAUGGCUGAAGUGAGGGAUUUGAUGGAGAAACUGUUGGUGAAGGACCCGAGGGGAAGGCUAGGAUGCGCCAGGGGUGCGACCGAUAUUAAACGACACGCGUUUUUUGGUGGAAUCAAGUGGCCGUUGAUCCGAACCUACAGACCACCGGAGGUUCGUGGACUAGUGACCAAGAAGAGCAGGUCGCAUAUGAGCAGUCACAUGACGCAUAGGAGGAGACCGUGGUGGUGGAAGGGGCUUGAUUAUGUUCUCAAGAAUAAGAAGGGAUAUAAAUAUAGCUUAAUCUCCAACUAUAGUAAUGGCAAUUACUAUCGUUACGUUAAUAGUAAUCAAGCAAGGAAAUAAUGUGCUUGGGAUCCAUUGCCAAAAUUUAGGAUUUUAUUUUUGGGGUUCACUUGAGUUGUACCUGUAGUGGACAUCUUAGUAGACACAAGGAAAGAUAGGAGGGAUUGAGUGAUGACCGUAUAUAUGUAUUCAAUUUUGCGUGUGUUAUAAAUAUAGAUCAUGGGCUGUGCUACGUUGUAUAUGAAAUAUGAAUC